AUGUCUAAAGUAUAUCUUACCAUAAUUUUCACCGUCCUUUUUCUUUUCCAAUGUGUAUCUUCAUUUACUCCUUGUCCGCUCUUAGGACCACCAUUCCCAGCAUUCACCCUCGAUAAGAACUCGUCAAUAUUGACAUCUGCCCUGGCCAAUCUUACCGGGACAUUUGAUGAACAGAAUACAAAAGGGUCCGGUUCCCACGGGGAUACCACUCCCAACACCACCUCGUUCAGUGUUUCACUUUUCUCCACCAACCAAGGAACUGCGAGUCCCAGUCCUUUCUUCUUCGACUAUCAUUACACUGCCCCGUCAUUGCAGAACUCAUCAAACAAAAUCCAACAUGCGAAUCGGGACAGCAUUUACCGCAUCGGUGGACUUACCCAGAUUUUCACCGUCUGGACUAGUCUUGUUGAGGCAGGGGAUGCCAUCUGGCACGAUCCUGUGACAAAGUAUCUUCCUGAGCUGGCCACAAUUACGAAGACUGCGAACGCAAAACAAGAUCCUGUUCGGUAUGUGGAUUGGGAAGAUAUUACCGUUGGCCAACUAGCCAGUCAUAUGGCAGGCCUUUCUAGGGACUUUGCUCCUCCGGGGGUAACCCCCAUCUACUCGAAUGUUGGAUUCCAAAUUCUAGGCUACAUUAUAGAAAGAAUCACAGGCCAGCCGUUCAGCGACGUCCUCGAAAGUCGCAUCCUUAAGCCACUGUCUCUGACUAAAACAAGCCUACACACUCCUUCAAGCAGCUCAUCCGGCCUCAUUCCAACAAACCCCAGAACCAGCGGCUGGUCUAACCAAUAUACAGGCGAAGCACCUGCCCUCUCAAUGUAUUCAACAAUCACCGACCUCUCCACCGCCGGAAAAGCAAUCCUCAACUCAACCCUCUUACCCCGAACCCAAACAAACCGCUGGCUGAAACCUGUCUCUCACACAUCCAACCCAGCCAACUCCCUCGGCUACCCCUGGAUCGUCUACAGCAGCGGUGACUAUCCCAGUACCUCAAUGGUAGACAUCUAUACCUAUUACAGCAGCAUCGGCCAAUACAGCUCCUACAUAGGUCUUGUUCCAGACUACAACGUCGGUUUCACCGUUCUCGCAGCCGAUAGCGUCUCCGCGCCGGACUUAAAUGCACACGCCGAUAUCAUCGGUGAUGUGAUCUUACCCGCGUUGAUGAAGACGGCCGUUACACAGGCGGGCGCUCGCUUCGGUGGCCAGUAUACGGCGGCUUCUGGGCUUAAUUCGUCAAUCACUGUCUCUGUCGAUGAGUUGCCCGGGAUGUUUGUCGACAAAUUCGUCAGUACUGGGACGGAUUUCAGGAAGACCUUAGCUUCCUUAAUUGGGGUUGAGGAUCCGGCGGCCUUGAGUAUCCGGUUGUAUCCGACUGGGCUGGUUUCGGAGACUGCAUCAGGUGGUUCCAGGGUGUCGUUCAGGGCUGUUUUGCAGGAUAAGAAUGAGCUUGCUGAUGCUGACACGCCGACUUGCGUUUCGUGGAUGGAUGUGGAUAAGUUCAAGUACCAGGGCCGUGCGCUGGAUUUAUUUGUUUUUGAGGUUGAUGCUGGUGGAAACGCCGUUGGGGUUGAGAUUUCUGGUUUGGAGCUGCGCUUAAACAGGAAGAAAUAG